AUGGAACCAAAUACAGGACAGUUUAUUGCAGGGAAGCGAAUUAUCGUGGCUGGUGCUAGCUUUGCCGGGCUGGCAUUUGUGACUGCCCUCGAACAGCUCUGGAACUCAUCGCUGGAUCGCCCUGAAGUCGUGGUUUUUGAGCAACACCAACGCGAGGAGUCUAUACAGAAAGAUCCCUAUGUACUUUGCAUCAACGGAGGUAGCCAGAAUGAGGGGCUGGUUGUAUUACAGCAAUUGGAUCUGCUAGAUGAUAUACGUCCGCACUCUACACUCAAUAGCGGCGAUAUACGAGUGUGGAGUGGCGACUGGAAACAGCUCUCAUCUAUCAACCCAAAGCCAUAUGGAAAUCUACCAGCAGCAACGAUGCGUAUCUCACGACAAGAUCUUAAACGCAUUCUUGUGGAGAAAGCUGAGAAGACGAAGACAAUCUGGAAAUGGGGAUCGCCCUGUUUGGCAGCAGAGCGACUUCCAAAUGGAAAGAUACGUGUCAAGAUCUCCACGGAGGAAGGGUCACAAAUAUCAACACAUGAUUGUGAUCUUCUCGUAGCUGCAGACGGAGCAAACAGUAUUAUUCGAGCCAGCUUCCGACCCAACGAUAUGAAAUUACAAUACACGGGUCUAACCCAGAUUGGUGGAAUCUCUCGUCUGCCCAACGGACUUCCUCAUCCAAUUCACGAAGAUUAUGGCCUACAGAUGUCCUCGGGAGAAGGCAUAUGCUGCAUAUACAACCCCUUCGGCUGUGAGACCAUCGGCUGGGCACUGAGUUGGAGACAGCCUGAAAGAGAAGUCAAAAGUGGUCCAUUUACACAGGAGGAAUUGGCAGCACUGAAAGAAGAAGCCUUGAAGACAGGGUCCAUGUUUCAAGAACCAUUUAAAACCAUAGUGGAGGCUACAGACCCACAAACUCCAUUUAUUCGUCCAGCAAAGGAAAAGACCGCUUUCGCCCACGAUUCUAGUUUAAAGGGUGCUGUGUUCAUCGGUGACGCUAAUCAUGUUCUGAGCCCCUAUGAAUUUGUCGGGGCAAACUUAGCACUCAAGGAUGGCUGGGAUUUGGCAGAACAGAUUUGCUGCAAUACUUCAAUGGAGACAACCGUCGCAGCGUACGACAAGCUCAGUAUUCCCCGCUUCGAAGACGUUUACAAUUUCUCGCAUACGAGAAUUGGGUUUGGUCACAGCACCGGAUUGAAGUGGACCUUCUACAAACAUGGAAUGGCUGUUCAAAGGGUCUUCGGGAAAAAGUAA